AGUAGAUAAACAGACAAUCUUAGCAAGAUUACACAUGUGAUCAUGAAAAGUAAGGUGAAGGCAAUUUCACGUGUAUGAUGUCUUCUAAACGUGAACAGCGUCUAUAAUAACAAUUGAUGUGAUGCAAAGCUUUAAAACGUUGUUUUGGUCAAGUCGCAACGGAUUAGAAACUGGCGAUUAAGUUAUUACUGGUUCAGUCCGACGAACCCGCAACUCGCUUUCAACAAUAGACUUCGUUGUGCUAUUGCGAACAGCCAUUGGCAACCAAUCCUUAUUUAAGGAAUUUUUGGUUUUAUUGGAUCAAGGAAAAUGGCAGUGCAAGCAUCGUGUAUGGAGCUUGCAUUGGAAGGUGAAAGACUUUGCAAAGCGGGUGACUGCCGCACAGGAGUAAGUUUCUUCGAAGCAGCGGUCCAAGUCGGGACAGAAGAUUUGAAGACGCUAAGUGCGGUAUAUAGCCAAUUAGGGAAUGCCUACUUCUAUCUACAAGAAUACGAGAAAGCCCUGGAAUUUCAUCGCCAUGACUUAACCCUAGCAAGAACACUGGGAGACAGAGUUGGGGAGGCUAAAGCAAGUGGAAAUCUUGGGAACACCUUAAAGGUUUUGGGAAAAUUUGACGAAGCCAUAGUUUGUUGCACUCGACAUUUAGAUAUUUCACGGGAACUCGGUGAUAAGAUUGGUGAAGCCAGAGCCUUGUAUAACCUUGGAAAUGUGUAUCAUGCUAAAGGUAAACACUUUGGUCGAAAUUUCCACCAAGAUCCUGGAGAAUUUCCUGAAGAAGUGCGGUCUGCACUGGAAAGAGCUAUUGAAUUCUAUGAAGCCAAUCUUUCCAUUGUGAAAGAACUUGGGGACAGAGGUGCACAAGGGAGAGCCUGUGGCAAUCUUGGCAACACUCACUACUUGUUAGGAAACUUUGAACUGGCAAUCAUGUUUCAUGAGGAGAGGUUAGUCAUUGCAGAGGAAUUUCAUGACAAGCCAGCAGAGAGACGUGCUUGUAGUAACCUUGGUAAUGCGCAUGUUUUCCUUGGGGAGUUUGAGGUUGCAGCUGAAUAUUACAAGAGAACACUGGCUAUAUCACGUGAACUUGGAGACAGGGCGAUUGAGGCACAGGCCUGUUACAGUUUAGGAAACACUUACACUUUACUCAGAAAUUACCAGGAGGCAGUGAAAUACCAUUCCAAACAUUUGGAGAUUGCUCAGGAAUUGGGUGACAGAGUCGGCGAAGGUCGGGCUUGUUGGAGUUUAGGAAAUGCACACACAGCGUUAGGCAACCACGAAACAGCUCUGGACUACGCGCAGAGACAUUUGGGUAUCUCGAAGGAGGUUGGAGAUCGUACUGGGCAAAUAACGGCGCAGAUGAACAUCUCUGACCUUCGGGCCUUACUUGGAAUUGAAGACGAUUCUCACGAUACGAACUCAAACAACUCAGCUCCUGGAAUUGCUGAGGGCGCGCAUCGAAGCAGCCCCGGAUCCAUAAAACAACUCUUCAACAAAAAAUCCAGUAAUUUUGAAGGAGACAAGAGGAAACUGGAGUCGGCUGCAUCCGCUGAUGGUGUGACCAAACCUCGUUCGUCGUCGGUGAAUUCGAGGAAACCUGUGGAUCACGAUGAUGUCCAAGUUCGUGUUCGCUCUGCUGAGAAACAGAAUGAUCAUGCGUUGAACGAGGACUUCUUCGAAUUCCUGAGUCGUUGCCAAGGUAACCGAAUGGAUGAACAACGCUGCGAGCUCCCUAAACCAAUCGAAAAGAGCAAGAGUACGGAAGACAUGCUGGAUAUGGUGGAAAGAGUACAAGGAGCCAGAAUGGAAGAACAGCGGAGUGAUCUUCCUUUCGAUGAUGACCCGUCUCAGAUAAGGAGACUGCCAAAGAGACGAGACAACCCUGGUGAUGAAGACCUGUAUGAAAUGGUGCUGCGAAGUCAAUCCCACCGUAUAGAGGAUCAGCGCUCAGAGCCGCCGCCCAAUGCGCCCACAGUACCUGACGAGGACUUCUUUGGUCUGAUACUUCGCCUGCAGUCAAAUAGAAUGGACGAUCAGCGGUCGUCUGCUCCUGGAGGUCGCAAACCUCAAAUACAACCCAGGCGAUAGAGUGAAGUGAAGCUGUGGACACUUGUAGCCUUGUAUUUUUUGAAUGAAGUAGUGCGGUUUGUAAUCGUGUUCAAAGAUGUCUAGCUGGGCUAGAACGCCAAAACGUUCAAUCAUGAAACGCCACAAGUAUUAACGAAAACACGAGCUUGAACGUAUAUACUAGACGGGGAUUGGCAAUUUCAUUGUUUGAAGGAAAAAAGGUUAAAAUUUAACCGGCGUACUGUAGUAGCUUAGUUUUGCUAAGAAAACCUUUGAAAGGACUGCCUUUACUGAGCUUUUCAAGCGAUUUAAUUUUUGUGUGAUAAAAAAUGCGACAAACAAAAUUUCAUGGCAGAAAGUCUUUGAUGUCGCAGAGUAGGUUAGUACGUAUCAUUCCACUUUGGAACUUUUGACCGCAUUUUACCAAUAGAGCUGUAAAAUAGUUAGAGGGUGUGGCCAAUUUUUAGCCAGGCAAAUGUAGAAAAUUUAAAUAUUUAAAGUGCACAUGAGGUAUAGAUACUGGCUUUUCAACGAUUCUAAGUGUUCUUUGUGACUCUUAUUAACAGAUGAACAAAGCAAAUACUAUUUUCCGACGUUACGUUUCGUAUAACAUAAAUAUAUCAUGGUACUUAUAGGAAACGUAAUAUUGUGGCUAAGGGGAAAAGAUUUGGGUGAUUUUUUUAUCAUUUUAACCCUUAUCGAAGUGUUUAUUUUUUAGAACUCAACGUCGUCAUCAGAUUUAUGUAUUUUUGGGACUUAAUAGAGCAUAAAUUUUAAAUACUCGUAGCACCUUCAAAAAUUUGAACGUCUCUCGUACCUUCCUUAUUUAUUUAGGUCUGAUAUCUUAAGUGAAAAUGUAGAAUACACCCUCGCCACAAUGAUUAUCGUAAUGGGAAUAUAAUUAAUUUUAGGAAAAAAUCUAUUUCUUUACCAUCGGAUAGAUUUUUACACUUGUGAAAUAAGUUUGGCAAUUCGUGCUUCGUUUUAUUUUUGUAUUCACCACAUGUACAAAGAGAGUAAUGAAAGAGAAUUUCAAUUCUACUUGAA